ACGAGACCACACCUACAAAAUGGCCGAGGAUAAGCGGGAAAGAAAUUCUUCAAGAAACUUGGAAGAAGAGAAGGAAGAUAUUGAUGCUAAACUGGAGGAAAGAGCGGCUCAGAAUAACAUGACUGUGGCCAAUGUUAAGAGUCUUCUUCAUCAUGUACUGAAGGACAAGAGGGUCGUUGCUAUGGCAAAGAAACUGGCCAACGAGGACUCCUCCAGUGAAGAUAUUGAUUUAGAUAUACCACCAUAUGAGCCAAGGUUGACAAGAGCCCGUGUCCGUGAAGCUGUGAUAUCGUCAGUGACUGGUGUUAACUUUAGUCCUGAUAAACUGUCUAGUCUGUCAGUUUCGACUCCUUUGCUACCAUCAAUCUCAAUUAGCAGUGUAGCAGCUCCUAAUGCACUUGAUGAAUUGUUUCCUGAUGUCUCCUCCACUGAAGAUGAAGAUGAUGAUUAUCUACCAGAUACAGACACCACUGUCAACAAUGAAGACAUAUUAGUUGAGUCAGACACUGAAACUGGUGAUCCUAUUGACACCGAGAUAGAAGAGGAGGAGGAGGAGGGAGAGGAAGAAGAAGGAGGAGAAAGGAUACAGGAGACUCAAGUUACCAGUAGCAGAGGAGUCCUAACUGAUACUGAUGAAGCAGUUCAAGCAGCCACACUCUUAGCCUCACUCUCUGAUGUUAACUUCACCCCCCUGAAGGAUCAGGCCCCACUCCUUCCUCCUAUUCACCCUCCAGUGUCUACUCAACCUAUUCAAGCUUACCAGCCUGGACCACCGGAACUAAGUAAUGAUGAGAUUAUUGCUAAACGGACCAGAUCGAAGCGACCUCUAGUUGACACUGAUAUUAACGAGAUUGAAGCUUCCUUCAAUCCUCCUGAUGUUCCUUCUGAUGACGAGUCACAGACAGUUCAGGAUAUUGAUGAAGAUGAGCUGGAGUGGCAGAAAUGGCUGGCAGACCUUAUGAACCCACGCUCUGCUGAUAUGUCAGGAUUGGAUGAUCAAGAAGAUGAUACUGAGUAUAAUUUUUGGGCAGAGAAACACGACGACCUUGAGAAGGAAGAAUUUAGGACAGACAGAGGAGUGAAGAUACCUCAGAAGGAAGUAGAUGAAUUAAUAGAAGAGCUACUCAAUCCAAAUAUUGGUGUUUUAAAUGCCGAUCCUAAUCCUAUCGUCUCCUCAUUGAAUUAUUUGGAUAACACUAGAACCAGCACCACUACCAAUAACAGUGGAGUGGACCUCACCUCGGCUUAUCUACUGGAGUCUCUAGGUCUCCGCCCUCCUAUGUUAAGUCAGUCGGCGUUACAAGCCACGCCUCUAAAGGACAAUACUAAUACUGAGACUAGGAGAGAGGAGGAGCAAGAGAUGCAGACCGAACCCACCACAUCAUCACUGGAGGGGAAUAAAGAGCAGGGACUGUCACGAGAUCAGAUGGUACAAGUUUGGGAUCAGCUACAGCAGCAUUUCCAGUUGCUCAUGCAAACAUUUAUAAUGUCAAGAUUUGAGCCUUCGCUUGUCUUCAUUGCUCAAUUGGCAGCUCAGGCUGUUGUAAGUUAUGAAUAA